AUGUUUCUAAUCCAUCAGUGUCCUGUGAAAAGUAACAGCCAAUAUGAAUCUCUGACCCAUGGUGCAGAAGAUGUGAUGGGCCCAGUAACUGCUGACAACACAAAUUCACAAGCCAGAGGCAUAGAAGCUGUGAACAUAGUGUACUGGAAGGAAGAAGCAAACCAGUUGGUGGUGUCUGAGUUUAUUUUUCAGGGACUUUGCACCUCAAAAGAACUACAGAUCUUUCUCUUCCUGCCAUUUUCUACAAUCUACCUGAUGACCAUGGUGAGCAACGUUUUUGUUGUGGUAGUGAUCAUCACUGAUCACCAUCUCCACUCUCCCAUGUACUUCUUGUUAGCUAAUCUCUCAUUUGUUGACUUCUGCCUUUCCUCAGUGACCACCCCUAAGCUGACCAUCGACCUCCUACAGGACAAUAGGACCAUUUCCUUUGGGAGCUGUAUGAUCCAGAUCCUCUGUGUGCAUUUCUUUGCAGGGACAAUGGCCUAUGACUGUUAUGUAGCCAUCUGUAAGCCACUCCAUUACAGCAGCAUCAUGGACAGAGAGAAGUGCAUUGGACUAGUUUUGAUAUCAUGGGUCAUUAGCUUUUUACAUGUGAUGAGUCAACUGCUCAUGAUACUGGAACUUCCCUUUUGUGGGCCCAGAGUAGUGAACAACUUUUUCUGUGAUAUCCCUUUCGUGAUAAAAUUAGCCUGCAUGGAUACUGAUACCUUGGGAGUAGAGAGAAAUGUUGACGGUGGUGUUUUAACAACAACUUGCUUCAUUCUCUUGCUGAUCUCCUAUACUUACAUCCUAUUAACUGUCUACCUUCACUCUACAGAUAAUGCAUCAAAAGCAUUCUCUACUUGCACAUCCCACAUCAUAGUGGUAGUGCUGUUCUUUGGACCCUGCAUUUUCAUCUAUUUGUGGCUUGUCAGCAUCACUUGGGUGGACAAGUUUCUUGCUAUGUUUUACACAGUGAUCAUACUUCUCCUAAAUCCAGCCAUUUACACACUGAGAAAUAAAGAUAUUAAGAAUUGCAUAAAGAAAUUGAUAAAUCACUAUGUGAAUACAAGUAAUAAUUGUUAG